UUAGGCAUUUGCAUAUUUUGCGUUAUCUUGUCUGAUAACUGGAGCCCAGCUCUGAACGCACCCUUUCUCGGGGAAUCUUUUACUCAUCCCUUCUUUUAAGUUCACACAUUUGCAUCCGAGACUUUUAUGCUAUUCUAAUUAUUGUUAUCAUACGUACUAUUCUUGCUUCAACAUGUGAAGGCCCUACCAAAAGCCAAGGGAAAAAGCCAAAAAAAAAAUGUACUGCUAGAAUAUAAUAAUUCUUUCAAUGGAGACUAGGAAAUUUCGUUUUGGAAAAAGUGAAAUGAAAGAUAAGUAAUGGAUUCAGAGCUUUGGAACUCAUAGCUGUUGAAUGUCGCUCAUCUCUGGCUGCAAAAAGUAGUCCAACUAUUCAACCAAAGCACUUCACCUUCAUCUGUUAAAGAGUUUCCCUUGAAGAUGGCUGAAGCUGCGCUCAGUUGUGUUAGUGUAAUCUUGAAUAAGAUACUUCCACUUGCUGCCGACGAGAUCAGCCGGGCAUGGGGUGUAAAGAAAGACCUUCAGAAGCUCUCCAAGAAAGUAGAGAUGAUGGAAGCUUUGAUUUCUGAUGCUAAAUGCAAGCAAUCAACAAGCAAAGCCGUGCAGCUCUGGCUCAAAAGGCUCCAGUCCAUAGCUCGUCAUGCUGAGAUCGUAUUGGAUGACUUCGGAUAUGAAGUUCUGCGGCAGAAGGUUAAGAAUCGGAAGCGCGACAAGGUACGCAGCUUCUUUUCUUCCUCAAAUCCUAUUUCCUUUCGUCUAGAGAUAGCUAACAAGAUCAAGAAUGUUAGCGCAUCUCUAGAGGAAGCUUACAGAGAAGCAAAUCAAAUAGGGCUUCAUCCAGUUCAGCUAACCAUGGCAUCUGCUGAUCACAAAGUGGAUCGGUUGACUGUUCCUUUUAUGGACGAGUCAGAAAUGGUGGGAAGGGAAGUUGAGGUAUCUCUAGUUGUAAGCAUGCUAAUUAGCUCACACUAUAAGAAGGAUUUACCUGUCAUCUCAAUAGUUGGGAUGGGUGGCCAGGGUAAAACAACCCUUGCACAGUUGGUGCUAAAAAAUGACAGUGUAGCGAAGCAUUUUGAUAAAAAAAUAUGGGUUUGUGUGUCUGACGAUUUCAGAGUGGAAAGGCUGUUGAAUGAGAUGCUACAAUCCCUCGAGGGAAAAAGUGCUGAGACGACAAACAAGGAAGCAUUGGUGAGGAAGCUUCAAGAGAAUUUGAAAGGAAAAAGUUACUUGCUUGUGCUUGAUGAUAAUUGGAAUGACAAUCGAGAGAAAUGGGAUGGCAUGAGGAGCUGUUUGUUGGCAAUAGGGGGUGCUCCAGGAAGCAAAAUAUUGGCUACCACACGUAGUGAUGAGGUAGCCUCAGCAAUGCAAACAUCUGGUUUGCAUCAUCUAGACAUCCUCUCAGAUGAUCAUAGCUGGAUGUUGUUUGAAAAACUAGCUUUUGCAGACGGUGGUGCAACAAAGACUCAAGAUCUGGUGGACAUUGGCAGAAGGAUACUGAAGAAGUGCGGCGGCGUGCCAUUAGCGAUCAAAGUGAUUGGGGGUUUGUUGUAUUCCAAAAAGAAUGUAUCGGAAUGGUUGACGAUCGAGAAGAGUGAAAUAUGGAACGAGUCGACCAAUAUUGCGAAUGGAGUCAUUUCUGUCCUGAAGCUGAGUUACGAGAACUUACCUUCAUGGUCAGUGAAACAAUGCUUUGCAAGUUGUUCCAUCUUCCCGAAGGACACUGCCAUGGAAAAAGAAAGCUUGAUACAGAUUUGGAUGGCUCAGGGAUUGAUUAAUGAUGCUAAGGGAGGAGGUCAUUUGCAAAUGGAGGAUAUAGGCAGUGACUAUUUCAACAUAUUGCUUCGGAGUUCUUUGUUGCAAGCGACUUCUGAGAAUUCCAUUAACGGAAUCGUGUCCUGCCGGAUGCAUGACCUUGUGCAUGAUCUUUCAUUGCAAGUGUCAAAUAAUUGUUUCUUAAACACAGAGGAUGGCAUGAAAGUCAGUCAUGAUGAUAACGUUAUGCAUUUGACCAUCAUUCGGAAUCGAGGGAAGGUGUUAAAGAAUAUCGAAGGGAUUCCUCCAAAUUUACAAAUGCUUUAUUACCUUGGGGGUGAUGGUAUUAUGCUUGAAGACAUCUUGGAAAGGUCUAGAUACCUUUGUGGAUUAAAAGUAGACUGCUGGGAUGUUACUCAGCUCCCGAAUUCAGUGGGUAAUAUGAAACAUUUAAGACAUCUUGAUAUCAGUGAAACUGGUAUCACCGCUCUGCCAGAUUCGAUCACAAAGCUCUACAAUUUGAUGACCUUGAAAGUAAGUUACUUGAAAGAGAUACCUAAGAAGUUUGGCAAUUUAAUUAACUUGAGGCAUCUCGAGUUUGUCAACCUUCCUUGGGAUGUGCCCAGAUGUUUGUUCCCUGGGAUUGGGCAGGUGGCUAAUCUUCGGACAUUGCCCCACUUCAAGGUAAGCCAAGACAAGAGAUGUCAACUUGAGGAGUUGGAACACUUGCGUAACCUCGGAGGCGAGUUAGAAAUAUGUGGACUUGAGAAUGUGAGCGGCUUUGAAUCAGCAGCAAAAGCAAAGUUGUCCGAAAAAUCAAGAAUUCGAGGUUUAAGACUUUCAUGGGGCGAUACAAAUGAAGAUUGUGACGACAACAAUAUCAACAGUGUCAUGGAAGGUCUUCAACCUCACCCAGACUUGAAAGGUUUAACCAUUAGUGGUUUCGAAGGUUCAAGGUUGCCGUCGUGGAUGGUGGCAAAGGAUCACUUGAUGGUACUCCUAAGGAAUUUGGUACACCUCAGGUUGAAGGCAUUGGGUAAGUGUGAACGAGUACCACCACUAGGGGACUUGCCUUGUCUCGAGUCCUUAUGGAUAUACUCCUUAGACAAUGUGAAGCGCAUUGGGGCUGAAUUCUAUGGUCUCGAUAUUAAUGCAAGGAGCAGCACUUGUAGUAGUAGCAGUAGUAGAGAGGUGAAAGCAGUCACUCUGUUUCCGAAACUGUCGCGUUUUGAGUUGUGGGGCAUGGGAAGUCUAGAGGAGUGGUCAGAUGCAAUAGUUCCCUCGGAUUCUUCUUCAUCAAUUAAGGUAUUCCCUAAUCUCCGGUACUUGACAAUCUAUGAGCUCCCCAAGUUGGUUGUUUUACCAGAUAUGGAGAACUUGACAUCUCUUGUGGAGUUGAGCAUACGGAGAUGCGGAAGUUUGGCUUGUAUAAGGAAUUUGAAUAGCCUUACAUCUCUGGAAUCCUUAUCCUUAGAAGAAUGCCCUGCUUUAUUAGAUGCUUCUCUAGAUAUGAAAAACCCCCAAUCUCUAAGUGAAUUAAUCAUCUCAGGAUGUGAUGAGCUGAAUCCUUCACUGAGUAAUAAUCUUGAGAAGUUCACAUCGCUCGAGGAGUUCAGGAUCCGUUCUCGUGACCCUAGUUGUUGGGCAAAGGGUCUACACCAUCUAGCCAACCUCCGCGAGUUGGAACUUGGUGGCUUCUCUGACGACCUUGAUCAUUUCCCGUGGUCACACUCCAUCACCAAUCUCGUCUCUCUGGAGCGUCUUCGAUUGCGUGGAUGGCCAAAAAUCACGUCUCUCCCAGACCAAAUUCAGCAUCUCUCUACCUUGACAUUUCUAGAUAUACGGCAGUUUGAGGGGUUGGAAGUUGUUCCAGAGUGGAUGGGUAGCCUUCGGAAUCUUCGAGAAUUGUGGAUUUAUUUUUGCUCUAACCUCAGACAAUUGCCCUCCGCAGAAGCAAUACGAGCCCUCACCAAUUUAAAUCAACUACGGAUCUUUUGGUGUCCUCUUUUAGCGGAGAGAUGCACCAAAGGAAGUGGCGCAGAGUGGCCCAAGAUUGCACACAUUUCCGAAGUUGUUAUCAUUUGACCGAACUUUGACUGGUUUCGAAUUAGGGAAUCACUGGACAAGAACCAAGAACGACCAAAGUAUUUCCAUGACCUGAGACCACAUUCAAAUGUUUGGGGGAUUUUGAUGAAUCCUGUACUCUAACUAACUAUAUAAAGGGAUUGUUUGUUGACCACAGUACCUCAUAGUGUACAUCUUGAUUGCUGUUUACAUGUUUCUCUCUAUUGUAAAGUGAAACUUAAUUUUCAUUAAGAUUCAGUGCUUAGUCCUUGAGUUGGCAAGUAUAA